AUGUUAUCAUCGUCAGUUCCUCCACAUAUUCCAAUUAUGAAAUCAGAAAUUUUAAAAUAUACCCAACCGAAACCAGGUCAAGUUUAUUUAGAUAUGACUUUUGGUACAGGAGGUCAUGCAAAUGAAAUAUUGAAAUAUGCUGCCGAUAAUUUAACUUGUUACUUUCUAGACCGUGAUCCAACAAGUUUCUCAUUUAUGGAAUCACUUCGUACAAAUUAUAGCUCAUCCAAUCAUAAAAUAUAUCCACUUAUUGGACGAUUUAGUGAUCUUCCUCAAUUAUUAAGUGGCUUUGAUCUGAAAUAUCAAUCAGUUGAUUUAAUUCUGAUGGAUUUGGGUGUAAGUUCGCCACAAUUAGACAAUGAAUCUCGUGGAUUUGGUUUUAAACAUAAUGCUCCGUUAGAUAUGCGUAUGAAUCAAAGUCGAAAUGUACAAAAAGAUACACCAACUGCAGCUGAUGUUAUUAAUACAUUGAAUGCUGACGAACUGUCGAAUAUAUUCAGCAUUUAUGGUGAAGAACGUUUUUCCAGGCGUAUCGCAAACGCUAUUGUUGAUUAUAGAAAUGAUGUUGGUUCAAUUCAAACAACAAAACAGUUGGCUGAUUUAAUUCAUUCUGUUGUACCAGUGAAUAGAGAAGAUAGAGGCUCGAUUCAUCCAGCUACACGUAUAUUCCAAGCAUUACGUAUUUUCAUUAAUGAUGAACUAAACGAAUUAUGUAUCGGUCUAGAAUUAGCUGAAUUUUUAUUAAAACCCGGUGGUUAUUUAGUUGUUCUAUCAUUUCAUUCAUUAGAAGAUCGUUUAAUCAAAUGGACAUUCCAUUAUGAUUGUAAAAAUCUAUCCUUAUCAAAAUAUUUAUCACAACGAAGUCUGAAUUUUCAAUGUACUAAUAAAAGAAAAGAAUAUGAAAAUGAUGAAAUAUCAGAUGGAUCUCUGGGACAGAUAAAAUCGAAAUGGAAUUGUGUUAUUGGACCUAUAACUCCUUCCGGUUCGGAGAUAGAUUCUAACCCAAGAAGUCGUUCAGCCAAAUUACGUAUAGCGAAAAGAGCAUAA